CUCAGGGAGCUGUCCUCAGGUCCCCAUGACCCUCCCUUGGAAGAGGCUGAUCCCCUGCUGCUGCUGCUGCGGGCCCUGAAGCCCCGGAGUUCAAGGCCUCCGGAGAGGGGCCAGGACCCCUCUCUGCAACCUGACACCCCGCCUCAGCCGCCUGGGAACUUCGCGGGCUGGCUGGACUGUCUGCACUGUGUUAUGGCCAACAACAAUUAAUAUCAAGUCAGUGGAAUUUAGAAAACUGAAGUACAACUAGCUGGCUCCCUUGUUUGCAAGAACAGCUAUAUAAGCCGUUUCCUGUUGAUCCUUUAAGAAAGCGUCACUCAGGCCCACCAAGACCAUCACUAUGACUGAUGGAGAUUAUGAUUAUCUGAUCAAACUCCUGGCCCUCGGAGAUUCAGGGGUGGGGAAGACGACGUUUCUUUAUAGAUACACAGAUAAUAAAUUCAACCCCAAGUUCAUCACAACAGUCGGAAUAGACUUUCGGGAAAAACGUGUGGUUUAUAGCACGCAAGGACCUAAUGGAGCUUCGGGGAAAGCAUUUAAAGUGCAUCUUCAGCUUUGGGACACUGCAGGACAAGAGCGGUUUCGGAGCCUCACCACCGCGUUCUUCCGAGAUGCCAUGGGCUUUUUGUUAAUGUUUGACCUCACCAGUCAACAGAGCUUCUUAAACGUCAGAAACUGGAUGAGCCAACUGCAAGCGAAUGCUUAUUGUGAAAAUCCAGACAUAGUAUUAAUUGGCAACAAGGCAGAUCUGCCAGACCAGAGGGAAGUCAACGAACGGCAAGCCCAAGACCUGGCCGACAAAUACGGCAUACCCUACUUUGAAACCAGUGCUGCGACGGGACAGAAUGUGGAGAAAGCCGUGGAGACUCUCCUGGACUUGAUAAUGAAGCGAAUGGAACAGUGUGUAGACAAGACACAAGUCCCCGACACCUCCAAUGGAGGAAACUCCGGGAAGCUUGAUGGGGAGAAGCCGGCCGACAAAAAAUGUGCCUGCUAAUCCACAUGUGAACUGAUCAUCAAGAGUCCAACCCCAAAAUCCAACUUCCCAAAUGGUGACCAAUCUCAAAAUUGCUGAGUAGAUCACGAACAUGGGCAUGUCUUUCUUUUUCAUCCAGAGAAUCUAUUUUAAGAAACCACGGUAGUCAUGGAGGCUUGAUCCGUUACCCUUCUACAGAUGAGUGUGUAAGGUAGUGCACAUGGAGGAAGCCAUGAAUUUCCAGCAACAAAAUUCACCUGGUCAGAGUGAGGAAAGAAAGAUCCUUAACCAUGUGGGGUUUGGUUUCAAGAUGUGCUGUCUUUCCUGCAGACUCCGAUCGGUGCCCUUGGGUUUCCAUUGGGGGGAGACGUUAGUUUAAAUGACUAGAGGAGGGAGAGUCUGAUGUGAUUCAUUUAGAACGGCAUUCUGACCCGUUAGCUGGAUUCGAAUGACUCAAUUACUGGUCAAGUUAGAAGAGAAAGAAUCUCGGAGUUCUCAAAAUGUUAGGGGUUGUGAAAUAAUGCCAUUUUAUUUCCUUGAUGAAAGAGCAGGAAGCCAAGAAUAGAACUCUGAAUGACCAGGUACAAGAAAAAUGACCCAGCGGGGGAAAAAAAUGCAAACACGGGAGCGUGGCAUUUGGACCGCUGACAUGAAAUGUAACUGUUUCAGACGUCUGGGGGAAUGGUUUAGUCAAAUUCCACUCAUGGCAACGAGAGGCUGACAUUAUCAGGUGGGAUUAAGAGACUCCCCAGAGAUUUUCUUUUCAAACAAACUUUUGAGACGUGGGUUGCGUAUUUAGCAUUAUAUUUUCACAUUGUUUCUUAGCAAACUACUCCUUAUCACAAGGAGCCAUCGGAGAUUGCAUUUAGUUGAUCUAUCUUGCAAAAAUUAGCCUUAACUAUUUUUGUUUAAAUGUGCUUAACUAAUUUUGUUUAAUGUUUUAAUGUGAUCCAAUGUGCUGGCUGUCUUUGAAACAGGCAUGGCUAUGAAUUGUGGGUUUCAUUCUUGUGUAUUAGAGUAUUAAGAAACCUUAAAUCACAUUCCUUUCUUCCGACUGACCUGUACCUCUGACUCUAAGUCAAGUUCAGAUAAACCAAUGGGUGACUUUGUAGCCAUCCAUUUCAGAAGAAUCACGGCACAGUUAUUGGGCCACUCGGAAUUUUCACGUCAGGAGUUGCCUUGCAAUUGACGAGGCUUUGUCCUGCUAUAACUCGACAUUGAGCAUUGGGUUUUAUUUUGCCUAUUAAAGACCAAAAUCCGCAUGCCCCGACUGUAGUUGUGGAUUGGGUUUGGGUAGGAUAGAGAUCUAGCUUGGGUCACCAAAAAUGUAUUUUUCCACAUAAAACUGCCUUUCCUUCUCAAAAUCAACUGCUCACAAAAGUAUUUUUCAUCAGCCUCUUUUUAUUUUUGUAUCGAAACUAAUGUCAUAAUACUUUUUUGUCUCAGUUUAUGGUGAACUGAAGCUAUUCUUAUCAAACCGAUGAUUAUUUCAAUGUCUAAGUCACCGUUGUCAAUAACUUAAAGCAUGGGUUCUCUAUAGCAAAGGCAAGGCACGUUUUCUCUCUCAUAAGGAGAUGAUUUUUCAACUGGAUGGCUCUUCUGUCUAUAUGACUUUCUAACGAGACCUCAUUUUUUCCAUACUCGGUGCAUAAUGUUGUUACAAAAGCAUGAGAUACCCUAAAUUACAAGCCCCUUUCAACUCCACUCUACCAACUUCCACCAGGUUUGGAGUCAAUUUUAGAAACACAGACACAUCCAAGGAAAUGUCUUUUUGUCAUGUUCUGAGGUUGGAAUAGGCCCAGAAAUGGGUCAUGAAUAACAGCAAUUUGGAGGCUUUAAUGGGGUUUGCCUUGUGAAAUCCUCAGUGUUAAUUCCCUUGUUUCGCCAGUUUCUGCAGCACUGUGCCAAUCUAAAACUGAGCACGGGUGGGCAUUACCUCCAAUGGUGCCAAUGGUGUUUACUUCUCCUGGUGUCAAUGAGCCAUGGAGAUAGAGCGAUUAGCUAAGAGUUGAAGAUGUUUCUUCUCAAAGGAAAGUGAACAGAGGCAACAUAACCAUCAGGGUUGCAAAGUUCGGUACACGUGUGAGCAUGACAGUACUUCCCCCGUUGGGCUCCAAUCACGACGUCCCCUGCGCUUCCAUCAGGGAAUGUGUGGCCUUUAUCUAACCCUAAAGGGAUCCUAUUUUUGACAGAUCUUCUUGUGUUCUUUCCUUUUCCAGCUAUAUGAGUGAUUUCCAUAUGCCAAGAUUCUGUCACUGUCACUUAUUUAGCAAGCACUCAUUGAGGGUCUAUUUUAAGAUGACGUGAGUUGGUAGCUGGAGCAUGAAGCAGAGGGUGGUGACGCUCAUAAUUAUAGAACCGUGUAAAAAUAAUUAUUGAGGAAUAAUCUCAAGAGGAAUGACAUUGAAGACAAGAAGGUUCAUUUUAAAAUACCAUUCUAUUUGUAAAUAAAACACUUGAUCCUAAAACGAAAAUGUUUUCUCUGUACAAUGUCUGACAUUUGACUCUCUAUCCUGUGUAACUAUUAAUGGAAAGCGCCACACUCAUUCGUUUAGAAUCAACAGUUCUACAUCAUUCGAUUUACAAUUUCAAAUUGAUCUUGUGCCAUGAAGAGUACAGGAUGCUUUAAAGAAUUGUAGACACCCCCCCCCCCUUGAGCCCGCAGUAGCAUGAACUUUUACUCAUGACUUGUCUUGUUACCAAUUAAGUCCUCGAAUGCUUUCGUAAAUCGUAUUGUGUGUUCGCCAAAUAUUUCCACUGUACAUGAAACUCCUUUUGGGAUCUAGAAAUCAUGCCUGUAGAGUUUACACUGGUUUGAUGUUUACAUUGUUCUAACACAGUGCCUCAGAUAUCUCUGUGACCAAAUGUGUCUCCAGCCACAAGGCUCCUGUUCUAUAGCGUUCUCUUCGAUGGCCGCGCACAGAGAUGGCAACACUGCUAAGGGCCUUCUGCUGUCUUCAGAAAGUUGCAAAGACCUUAUUGGAAUCUGGACACUACUCCUCCCAUCUGGUCUCCUAGCUGGCUUCUCAGGGAGGUGGUAUUCCUUGAGACUUCAAACCAUAAUUAGGUACAGGAUUAGCUUUUAAUGUUAAAAAUCAAAUCAUUUAAAAAUAACCAUCGUCCAAAAACAAUGUUUGUCUUAGUCUGAUGAUGGUCUAAAGUCAUGACUCAGUAGAGAAAAGGUGGGUGUCUACACAGGAGUUUUGAAACACUAGCCACUUUGCUAUGAUUUCUAUAUUAUCGGGUAUCAUAUUUUCUUAAGUACAUAUUGUCUCCGUUAUUUCUGACUUAGAGGGACUCAUCGAUGUGUCACCAGGGGACAUUGUUGUGCUUCUCUCUUUUUUGUCUUUGCCCAUCUGUGCAGGAAAGAUGUGUUGGGCCAAAGUUUCCCAUCAAUCCUCUGUCUCUCCUUUAGAAGAGAGAGAAACUUGACCAUAACUACAUCAAAAAUCAAUUGAAUAGCAGCCACAAUAUUUCUUAAGCUGAAAGCAAGUCAAGUCUAUAGAACAUCAAAAAUAGAUGAAACUCAUACGCACACAUAUAUGUCUAUCUACAUCUAUGUAUUCUCAGCAGCAGGGUGGAAUGAGUGCAAUUGACAGAAAGACAGGCAAUAUUGUGCAGUAGAUAGAGUGCACAAUUCUCACACUCUGCCAAUGAGUUGAUUCUGACUCAUCGUGAUCCCUUCGGACAGAGUCAAACUGCCCCUAGGGGUUGC